CGCUAUCGAGGGCGGCAAAGAACGGGCACGAGGCAGUGGUGAAGCUGCUACUCGACACAGGCAAGGUCGACGUCGACUCGAAGGAUCAAUACGGACGAGCACCGCUAUGGUUAGCGGCAGCAAACGGGAACGAGGCCAUAGUAAAGCUGCUGCUCGACACGGGCAAGGUCGACGUCGACUCGAAGGACCAGUACGGACAGACGCCAUUAUGGUGGGCAGCAAAGAACGGGCCCGAAGCAGUGGUGAAGCUGCUGCUCGGCACGGGCAAGGUCGACGUUAACUCGAAGGAUCAGUACGGACAGACGCCGCUAUUGAGGGCGGCAGAGAACGGGCGCGAGGCGGUGGCCAAGCUGAUGCGGUCGCACGUUAGCCUCCGUCAAUAACCUACAAUACCUCUUCAUUUAAUCUCCUCUCCGCCCACCACCUCCUAUUAGUCUCCUUGUACUCCCUAUAGUGUCAUAUUAUAAAUACAAC